AUGCCAGUUGACAAGAUUCGAGUCUUUGGCGAUGCUCGCAUCGAGUACAAGUCGGCUACGGUGAAUGGCCACAAAUACAGCUACAUCCUCAGUCAACCUCAAUCGGGCAAAUACAGAGCUACAAUCUUCCUGAUCCAUGGCUUCCCCGAUAUCUCCAUGGGAUGGCGCUACCAAAUCCCCAUGCUAGUGGACAUGGGUUUGCGAGUCGUCGCACCAGACUGCCUCGGCUACGGCCGAACGGACGCACCCGACGACUAUAAACUUUACUCUCACAAACGCUGCGCGGAUGAUAUCAAGGCGCUUGCCUCUCAUCUCGGCGAGUCCAAAGUCAUCCUGGGCGGCCAUGACUGGGGCGCGGCACUGUCCUACCGAAUUGCCCUCUGGCAUCCAGAAUUGAUCAGCCACCUCUUCACCGUCUGCGUGCCUUACGCCCGGCCCCAGUCGACGUAUCUUCCGCUGGAGGACCUGGUGCAAAAUGCAGCCCCGCAUUUUGCCUAUCAGCUGCAAUUUGCCAGCGGAGACCUUGAGAAGGUUAUUCGUUCUAAGGGCGAGAUUAAGCAGUUCCUGAGUGCGCUUUAUGGUGGUCGGACGGAGAAGGGGGAGUUUGGAUUCGAUGCUGAGAAAGGCGUGUUAUUGGAUAAGGUGUCCGGGCUGAAGCCUUCGCGUUUGUUGAGUGAAGAGGAGUUGGACUACUAUGCGAGCGAGUUCUCCAGGAGCGGUGUUCACGGACCAUUGAAUUGGUAUCGAACCCGCAAAGUCAAUUACGAAGAAGAACUGGCCAUUCUUGAUCGCCAGAUUACCAUCCCCGUUCUUUUCAUUCAGGCUCUCAAGGAUCAGGCUCUCCCGCCUCACUUGGGCAAAUCAAUGGCCAAGCACGUUCCCAACUUGACUAUUAAACAGGUCAACACCGCUCACUGGGCGUUGUGGGAGAAGCCCAAGGAGGUGAAUAGCAUUAUUUCGACUUGGUUGAAGGAGGUUGCUCUUGUGGAUGGCCGCUCGGGAAAGCUUUGA